AUGUUUACCGAUCUUCUCAUUUUUCCGAUUCCUUGCUACCUUACAUGGAAGCUACAAAAGGCCAGCCUUCGGAAUCGAAUGAUCGUUGUCUUUUUAUUCUCCCUUAGUUUAGCUGUCACUGGUAUCGGCGCUGCAAAGAUUUAUUACACAUAUCGUGACCGCCUCUACGUCUCUGCCUCAGAUGACUGGACCUACGAAAUCAUCUUCACCAUCAACCACUGGGAAAAUUGUGUCGCAAUAGUCGUCGCAUGUGUUCCAUCCCUCCGCGUCCUCAUCCUCCGCUGGCUCGGUAAGGAAGAAGGCCAGUCGUAUGCCGGGAGCGGCGGCAGCCCCAUUCGCAUCACGGGUGGUAAUGGUGCAUCUGCCAGUGUCGGACAGACCCAAAAAUCCGCCCGUGAGAGUUUUCUCGCAAAACUGCGGCCUCCACCCAAGAGGAGGGGACUAUAUGACACCACUAUUGGAGAUCAAACCAUCGAUCUUGAGAGCUGUGUGGUUAAACCACGGUUCGGAGAAACAAUCAUGGAAGAUGAUCACGAUGGAGCGAGUUGUGGCAGUAAGACGGAAAUCAACUUUUACAGAAGUGCGAGUGUAUCUACGACGGGUAUGAGUGAUGAUGUUAUCGAGAAGCCGGCGCCUACUACGCCAAAGUAUUAA